AAGAGAGCUGCCGAAGCCUUGGCAGUGGAGCAGCUCACUGUACGUAGAAUGGGUAGCAAACUCCUAUAGAAAUCACUUUUGAAGAUGAAAAGAUGACCCACAACAUGGAAAAAAUAAUAACAGGUGGUGCCCGACCUGCUCUGUUCCUCCGGCAUUUUGUAUGUGUUGCUCAUCUGAAGAAACUCUUGUGUGACUGACCUGAAGGAGGUUAUCACUGCAAAAUUACUUCAUUGCAACAUCCUUGGCCCAAAACAUCUGCAGCUCAGCAACAAAUGAAGCGGCCUGCACAGCUGGUCCUGGACAACACUGGGGACACUGCGGUCCAGUUCUGAGGAAAGGCUCCAUCGCCAGAACUGAAGCCUUGCCUGUUCUUUCAGUUGCAGGUAUCUCGAGGAGCAGGAUACUACUCUGGAGUAAGUCAAUCUUCCUGACAUUAGGCAAUAGUGUUUGGAAAAAGACUUCAUUUAACUCACUUACAAAGACGAGAUAGACCAAACAAAAUGAAUUAUACUGAAGGAUAUGAUUAUGAAGAAUAUGAAUAUUAUCUUAACACCAGUGAAGAUUAUUAUGAAGGUGUGGAAUUAUUGUGCAGAAUGAGUGAGAACAAGAUACUUCCAUGGUUCAUUCCAAUAUUUUAUUCAUUUAUUGCUGCCAUGGGCAUUAUUGGCAAUGGUUUGGUUGUUGUCAUCUAUUUGUUCUACAAGAGGGUUAGAUCUAUGACUGACGUGCUUCUCAUGAAUUUGGCCAUAGCUGAUAUACUUUUCGUGGUUACCCUGCCAUUUUGGGCUGUAGAUGCCCCUGAAGGAUGGAUCUUUAUGGACGUUGGGUGUAAAAUUCUCAAGGGCAUAUACAGUAUCAAUUUUUACAGUGGCAUGUUAUUCCUAGGUGCUAUUAGCAUCGAUCGAUAUAUUGCUAUUGUCCAUGCGACAAAGUCUUUUAAUUACAAGGGAAAAACACUGGUUUACAGUAAAAUUGUUUGUAUAUUUGUCUGGCUUUAUGGAAUUAUUGUAUCCUUGCCAACAUUCAUUUUUAGCGAAAGCUAUGAGUUCAAGACAACAAGAAAAAUGGUGUGUGAAAUAAAAUACCCAAAACACAAUUCACAUAUAGGGAAGGCAGCUACUCCGGCACUACAGCUAACACUUGGUUUCUUUGUACCUCUGUUUAUUAUGAUUUACUGUUACUCUCUGAUAAUUAAGACACUUCUCCAAGCCAGAAACUUCCAGAGACACAAGGCAUUUCGGGUUGUAAUCGCAGUAGUAGCAGCUUUUGUGGUUUGUCAAGUGCCAUACAAUGUUGUUAUAAUUUAUAAUUUAUUUAGAACAAGUAGCUGUGAAACUUUCCAGGUAAAGACUAUUGUCCACGCAGUGACACAGUCUAUUGCCUUUCUCCAUUGUUGUCUGAACCCUGUCCUUUACGCCUUUAUUGGUGUUAAAUUCAGAAUGUAUUUAAUGAAGAUAAUGCAAGACAUCUGCUGCUUAAGCAAAAAGAACAUUUCAUUACGCUACAGGCAUACCACUGAAACGUGUGUGUCAAGGCGUACAUCUGACUUUGACAUUGACAACUUAUCAUCCUUUACAAUGUGAUCAUCUGCUUUUUUUUGUGUGGUUAUGCAUAUCUCAUGAAAUUUCACAGUAAGUAUUUAAAUGCUCUAUAAUCUCUCAUUUCAAAUUCCAUAUACUGUUUAAAUAAGAAUUAUACACUCAGUGUCCGCUUUAUUCGGUACUUCCUCUGCCUAAUAAAGUGGCCACUGAGUGUAUGUUCAUGUUCUUCUGUUGCUGUAGCCCAUCUGCUUCAAGCUUUGAUGUGUUAUGCAUCCAGAGAUGCUCUUCUGCACGCCACUGUUGUAAUGUGUGGUUAUUUGAGUUACUGUUGUCUUCCUGUCAGCUUGAACCAGUCUGGCCAUUCUCCCCUGACCUCUCUCAUUAACAAGGCAGUCUUACAGAAGAACUGCUACUCAAUUGGAUGUUCCUUUUCUUGUUUCUCGCACCAUUCUCUGUAAACUCUGGAGACUCUUGUGUGUGAUACUCAAGCCACCCCAUCUGGCACCAACAAUCACUCCACAGUCAAAGUCACUUAGAUUCUUCAUUCUUUUCAUUCUUGUAUCUCAUAAAGUGGCCACUGAGUUCAAGUAUAGUCCUUGAGACCACAGACCAUUUAUAUUCUACCCUUGAGUGAAUUUGUGGAAUAUGUUAAUUAAAAUUCACUAGAUUAAAUAACUUCCAUGGAAAUAAAAUUCUAUAGAGUCUGUUCCUUGGCACAAAAAUAAGUCCAAGGUUUCACUCUAGCUAUCCAUAAAACUUCAUUUUUAAAGUUGCAUUUUAAGACUUUUUACAUUUGAAAAGGGAGGAGAGAAGCAAAUUUUAUUGCAGUAUAUUACAGAGAUAUCAGGAGAAUAUUAGUAAUUUGGUAGCACAGAUGUGUGCAGUGCUGUAACAUUAUAGAUUACAGGAUUUCACACACGAUGAAAUAAUUCGCAAGGUCCAUAUCGUUUCACUAUGGGAAGUGAAGGUAACAAGAAAACUUAGAACACCAUCUCGGAUUUCCUCCAAAAUAAAGCAGCAGUACGAACUCCCGUGGAAUUACUUUGUUGAGAACGAAGAGAUCAGCGUGAAUGAGCCACAAAGGAGGAGGGAUAAUAUUGAAUAAUGGGGAAGAUUGGGAGAAGUCUACAUACGGGAUCCAGCCAAGCUGUACACCAUUUGGUAACAUCCCAGAAUUCUCCAUUGAGAAGCCCACAUUCUGCCACAUAUUCAGAGCUGAUUAUAUUGAAAACUGACAUCAAUUUUGAUUACAUUGCAAAAUGUAAGUGAAGUCUGAAACUGAUUAAUAAGAUUACAGGCAGCAAUGUUGGAACCACAGUAUUUCAAGGAGUAACAGAAAUGACCCCUGGACUGAAAGAGUUAAUGGAUUUGAUAGAUCUGGGUUUGUAUUCACUGGAGCUUAGAAGAAUGGGGGGGGGGGGAACCUCAUUAAAACCUAUCAAAAAUUGAAAGGCCUAGAUAGAGUGGACAUCGAGAGGAUGUUUCCUAUAAUGGGGGAGUCUUGGACCAGAGGGCACAGCCUCAGAAUACAAGAACAUCCCUUUAGAACAGAAGUGAGCUGGAACUGCCUGACCUGCUGAGUUCCUCCAUCAUUUUAUGUGUGAUGCGAUAACUAAAGUGAUUGAUUAUCUCAAGAUGUAGGAACCUUCUUGUUGUCUAUGCAAAAUUGCUGAACUUGAGUAAUUAAUUCAGUACCAUUUUCUGUACACCGUCAUGUUGUACCAGAUCUCUUGCCUUAUAUUGUAUAUAUAGAAUUUUUAAUGUUUUAAAGAUAAGCUGAUCACUAGAAGUUCAUUUUCAACUAUAUUAUAUUUACUAGAAUUUCUCCUUUCCCCUAAUAGUUUUUAUUUUAUAAUUGGAACAGUAGUAUGUAUUCUGUUUUAUUAUGCCACUGUUUUUAAACCUGGUAAAUGCAGAUUAAUUUUGUGGGCACAAUUCUGAUAUGUUGCAUUUUAAAUGCCAAUGUAUGUGACGGAACAGGAAAAUACUUCGAUUUUUAAUGAAGGUGUUUAAAACGGGGAUGUCAUUUUAGGGUACAUAUUUCAUGUAAAUUUGUUAUUAGGUCUAUGAUUGUGUCAGUUCAAAAUGAUUUUUAAAACAGCUCUAUAAAAGAGUAUUCUAGCUAUGUUUGAUUUCUACGUGGAUGUUCAGGUAGUUGAAUGAAACCCCAAAUGUUUUCUUCCUCUGGAGAACAUUUGUCGCAAGUCAUGUGUUACAAGUACUGUGUCAUGCAGGUGCAUAAACAGUAGCAGGCUUUCUUUCCAAGGAACUGGGCGUUGAAGUAGGAAGCUGAAUUUGCUUCUUUUCUCAGCUGCUCUGCUGUGGGAAAUGCUAAUCUGAGUCUAAUCAUCUCCAAAAAGAGAAGACAAAAGUAAAGGAGACAGAACGCAAUAGACCUUGGCUGCUUUCCUCAGUGGUCUGCUCACAAGAUUAUUUGUUAUGGGCCCUUGUAAACGUGUUUGCCUCACCUGGAAUCAAGUGAGUUAUAAACAGAUAUAAGCAGAUUAUAAAAGGGCAAUCUUUUAACAAAGUAUCUGCAGAUUGUCUCUUGUUCGUGAAUCUUCUGAUAAAAAUAUGAUUGUAUAAAAGUGAUACUAUUAUUCUGAUGUAUAGCUUGCUGAAUGGAUUAAAAUCUUCUUAAGUUAGUGAUUAUCCUGUAUUGGGUAUAAAUAAAUA